AUGGACCAUAUAUGCCAUACCUGUGCUGAAGUAUUCCGUACAAAUAGAGAUCUUCAUGCACAUAUCAUUGAACACAAACUCGCCUUAACAGAUGCGCUUCGACGAUGUAUCUUGUUGAACAAUGAUAUGCCCCCGGGGUUGUUAGACGUCUUACGCUGUCUUUCGCACUCUAUCGGAAUUCAUACUUGUCCAAAUGACGGUUGCAAUUUCGAGUCUCCCUCUUAUAAAGCCUUGGAACAGCAUUGGAGGACACAUGUCCCGUGCAAGGUGAGAUGUGGAUUUUGCCGGAAGGUUGCAAACCGUGUCUCCCACGCACUCAACCAUCACAAGGAUUGCGAUCAACGCCCGAACACUAAGAUUGCGCAAAACGAGAGCUCAACCAGGAGCAAACUAAGUCAAUAUUCUUCACAAGCCCUGACGGAGGCCUUACCUCUUUUGGCCAGGCCAGUCAAAAAGAGGCGGAUAACGAAGAGAAAACGAAACCCUUCAAAUAGGAAAGGAACUCGAGACGUAGGCUUCGAAGCUGAACUGGACAUUGCCCGGGAACCAGUCGACUCGGACGACGAAGUGGACUAUGCGAACGAUAUCAUAACGAUUCCUAGUUCCUCUACACCUCUACAAGAGCGUGCGGGCGAACGGGUCUCGCCGGGUGCGGAGCGAAACAAUCGACUGAUUGACGAAUAUGUUCUUGCUUUGACUCCAGUCCAGACUGGCGUGCUUGGCACAUUUCCACCACCACCUGUCUCGCAUAUAUCGGACUUCCAAGCACCUGGUCUUUAUGAUCGACCUUGCGAUGGAGUUGGCACGUUUUCGACAUUGCCUGUUUCUCAUCUGGACCUCCAGGCACCUCGUCUUCCUGACCAGCCUUACGGUUUUGCUGCAACGUUUCCAUCAUUAUCUGCCUUGCACUCGUUUCAACUGAAUCACCAUAAUAAUGAAAUGGGGCAAAGUAACCUGAGUAAUUCAUGUAUACUUCCAGCAGCGGCAGAGUUGAUAUAA